UACCAACAAUGGCAGCUCCUCUCAAAUCCAAGCCUCCAUUUAUGGCUCUCUCUGUCUGAACGUACGUACGUACGUACGCACAUUAUCUGUUUCUCUAGCUGCCCUUUCUCCGACUAUUUUGUGUCCACUCAUUUUCACCCUCUCUCUAUCUUCAAUCUCUUUACAAUUUCACAGAGUAUUAUAAGGUGUUCGAUAAAUUGCCGCACUAAAAUAUAUAUAUAUCGAUUGUUUGAUAGAUAGAUACAAGAAUAUAUAUAUAUAUAUAGGAAGGAUGUUGAAGCAUUUUCCGAGCAGGAAUCAGAGGUCGGCAUCAUUAUCAACGUCGAAAAGUGUGAAAUUUAAAAAGGGGAUUCAAAUAUUUGUGGUUAUUGGGGUAGGGAUAUGGUUGCUCUACCAAGUGAGGCAAUUAUACAAUGGUAGGGUGGGUGGAAUGGAGGAGAGACGGCGGCCGGCGGUGGCCGGAAACAUCGAUAAGGUGUUGAAAAUCGGGAGGAAGGAUUUGAACGACGAGAAGCGCGGCGACGGGGAAUUGGUGGAGUCGGAGGAAGAGGAAGCGAAUGACGAAAUGGAUAAGGAAAGGGCCGAGGAAGGCGAGAACGAGCAAUUUCAAGACUUCAUCGACGAAGAAGAUAAGGAUCAAAGACGACGACGACGACGAUGAUGAUAAUGAAGUUUGUUUAGGAUAUGAGAGAAGAUUUUGUCGUAAUUAAGCUGUUGAAUAAGUUAAAAGCUGAUGAUGUCGUAAAUUUGUUAGAAUGUUUAUGAAUAAGUAAAAGUGGCUUUGUAAUUAUGAAUGAAUGAUUUGAAUUUGUAUCACAAAUCUUGUUAGUCUUUAUUAUUAUAAGUUUAGUUGGAUUUGAUUGUGUAUUUUAAAAUGUCAACUAAAU